UCCGCGUUGACGGCAUUGAGUUUGACAUUUCAAAUUAGGGGGUGAAACGUAAACAAACGCAGUGAGAAAAACUAUAAUUUUUGUUCAAAGUUAUCUUGAGAUUCUAUAGCUUUCUGCAAAAAUGGCAUCCAAUGCGAUAAACUCUUCGAUGAUGACGGUAAAUUUGCAGCUUGCCGAUAUUUUUCAAUACGUCGGAGGAGGAAGCAGGUUGAUAGUCGAAGGUGAACGGGUGUUUCAAGCUAACCACUUGCUUCUUGUCGGAGUUCAAACCGUGCACGAGGACGGCUUUACCAUAUUUGCGACUUGUUUGAAGUCAUCAUCACCUAGAGCUGAUCCACACAAAAUUUCCAUCCGCACCAGACCUUCCUUUGAAAAGUGGUCUUUUCAGUGUUCGUGCAAAGCUGGAAUGGGAAAAUGCAAACACAUAAUGGCCGUUUUAAAACAUCUUCUAAUGUUCCCUUCAGUUCCAUUGCUUACAGUAACAGAUUUGCAACAAAAGUGGGGUAAAAUUGCAGAAAAAGUUGCUGACGAUAUGUACAAGACAACACCAUUGACCGCAUUCUGCAAAAAAAUGACGAAUACAAAAGAUACGACUGAAGCUGUCUCGCCGGCGGGUUUGACUCACGAUGAGGGUACCAACAUUCUUCAGCUUUUCGUGAAAGGAUUCCCUGAAAGCGGUCUGGCAUACGAAAAGAAAGGACGAGAAAUGAAAAAUAUUGACAAAAAUAAUGAAUCUGAUGUUCUGAAUACACUUCUCGAUAUAGAUGUGCAAAGUCAUUCUACAGAAUCCAUUGAUUCGUUAAUUUCUAUUGAAGAAAAUAUGACUUGCAGUCUACUUAAAUCCUUCCUGAGAAGAUCGUUUCAUCCUGAUAACUUCACGAUGAUCGAUCGUGAAAUAAUGGAAUUUAUAGGUCCGUUAGAAAAGGAUCUGCAACUUAAUUUCGAAAUUAAUGUGAAAGUAUCGGAAUACGAGUCUUUGAAAAUAUGUACAAGAACUAUAGAACAAAGAGUAUCAUCGCAAUGGAAAAAAGAACGAAGCCGGCGCAUCACUUCAUCCAGUGCAUACUCUGUGUAUACAUACUACACAAAUCAACCCGACAAGAACAAAAAUUGGAAAAGUAAAAUCCUGAGUAUGGUGACACCGAAACAUCUUUCAACACCAGCAAUCGUACAUGGGAUCCGAUGCGAAUCAAAAGCCAUAGCAGCAUAUGAGCGAGACUACAGAAAAAACGUUUGGAGUUGUGGUUUCGUAAGUUGAUGUCUGGUAUGGCUGUUCUUUUUAAAAUCAUCCGUUCAGUAAGCCUUCUCGCAGCUAGAAUAAAAUAUUAGACAUUAGUAUUUUAGAAUGCAACAGAAAAACACUACUUACUAGGAACAACAAAGUUUGUAAUGCUAAAAUGUAAGCUGCAAGCUUUCGACGACGGAGAUGGCUCAUAAUUCAGUCGCAAUUUUGUCAACCAAACCUUAUACCGUUUUCUAUCCGCCUUCGGGGGAAAGUUGUGGAAUGAAUAUCCUUGGCCAUUCCGUGUACGACAUCCAGGAACUAUACAAACCACUUUACUAGAAUGCGGUGUUAUAGAUUGAAUCCCGAUAUUUUCAUCACAAGGCUCGUUGCAAGGUUCACUUUGCUUCCACUCGGCCAUUUUCUCCACGAAGCACUGCACUGCAAAUGAAUUGUAUCGUAAUGUUUUUCGCUUUAUUAUUAAAGACAAUGAAUUGACAGAACUGUUUAAUAUAACAGCACUUCAUUUCUUUUCAAGUUUCAUUCAUAAUUUUAUUAAAGAAAUUACCCUAAAAUCUCAGUCCUCCAGAUGCGCCUAUUUUUUCUGCCUCCUACAAACGCUGAAUGAGGCCAGAAUAUUCGUUAU